UACGAAUUUUUUUUUAUAUUAUUACAAGUUUACUAAUACAUAUAUACUUAUUAUUAAGGUUUUGUAAUGUUUUUUCUGUAUUGUCAAAAGAUGAAAUUAAUCGUCUUAGUUCGUGUACAUAAUCGUGUGAUUUGUUAUGGGAAGAAUUUGUGUUGUAUCAUCCUCUAACUCCUUUUUGCUUCCUUUCUCUAUAGUACUGACAUCAGCAGAUGAAAUGCCAAUAAUUAUCUGAUCAAUACUUAGGCUAUUCGUAGCGAUAUCAUCAUCAAUUUCUGUAUACCCAAGAAAUUUCUAGAUUUUGAAAAUCAUUGAUUCGAUAUUGUGAUUAUUAAUUUUAUACUACGUAACAUCACUGACAGAGUGUAUUAUACAGAGUCAUUUACAUGUUAACCUCUUUCAAAAUCAAGGGACUCAUGAAAAUGAGCAUAUUACGCAGGAAAUCGUAUCGAGCGAGUCUUAAACGAAUUCUACUGUAAUUAUAAUAAGAAAGAUUUUAUAUUUAAACUUAUAGCUAAUAUGGCCUGUAAUGAGUAUGACAGUAACAUUACUGAAAAUAAAAAUGAACAAAAUAAUUUGACUGCAGUACUCUAUGGCAUAAGAGAUUUACGACUCGAACAACGUCCUAUACUAGAACCUGGGUUGAAUGAAGUGUUGUUAAGUAUUCAAUGUGUUGGAAUAUGUGGUUCAGAUGUGCAUUACUUAGUUCAUGGAAGUAUUGGUAAUUUUGUUGUUCAAAAACCCAUGGUUAUAGGGCAUGAAGCUAGUGGAGUUGUUGUCAAACUUGGGAAAGGUGUAAAAAAUCUCAGUGUUGGAGAUCGAGUAGCUAUUGAACCAGGUGUUUCAUGUCGUAUGUGCCAGUUUUGUAAAAGUGGCAAGUACAAUUUAUGUCCUGAUAUGAAAUUUUGUGCUACACCACCAGUUGAUGGGAAUUUAACUCGUUAUUAUGUUCAUGCUGCUGAUUUUUGUUAUAAAUUACCUAAGCAUAUGACUUUAGAAGAAGGUGCUUUAUUAGAACCACUAUCAGUUGGAGUUCAUGCUUGCAAAAGAGGAGGUGUUAAAGUUGGUUGUUCAGUACUAAUUUUAGGGGCUGGGCCAAUUGGUCUGGUUACAUUGGCAACUGCAAAAGCAAUGGGAGCUUCAAAAAUUUUUAUUACAGAUUUAAUAGAAUUCCGAUUAAAUGUAGCUAAAAAGAUGGGAGCUUUUAAAGUAAUCAAAGUUAAUAGGGAUGAUUCAGAUGAAAAAGCAAUAGAAAAUAUAAGAACUGAGAUGAACAAUGAACUUCCUGAUGUUACAAUUGAUUGUAGUGGAUUCCAACAAACCAUUAAAAUGGGAAUUGAAUUAACAAAAUCAGGAGGAGUAUUGACGAUUGUUGGAAUGGGAGCAUCACAUAAUGUUGAAUUACCAUUAUUUAAUGCAUUAUCGCGAGAAGUAGACAUUAGAGGAGUCUUUCGCUAUGCUAAUGAUUAUCAAGAUGCUUUGUCUUUGAUUGAUUCAUGCCAAGUGGACUUGAAACCAUUAAUAACUCAUCAUUUUAAAAUUGAAGAAUCAUUGGAAGCUUUUUGUACAGCUGAAACCGGAAAAGGAGAUCCGAUCAAAGUUAUGAUACAUUGUAAUAGAGAACUCUAAGAUCAUCUAGUCUUAAUUAUUUUGUAAUAAAAAUAAAAAUUUGUUAAAUUUAUGGUUUGAAUAUAAAACCUUAGUUAUCUUGUUUAAAUUUAGAUGUAGUACUUAAUUAAUAAAAAUUUAUUUAUUAAUA